AUGGAUCCAAAGCUUGAUUUCAAGUAUGGAAAGGAAAAUGUUGGUGCAGAUCCAUUUCGUCCUUCACAAGUUUUUCAUUUUCGUCCAGCACACGUAGAAUCCACAACCUCCAAUUUUCAAUUCCUCAACACCCAAUCUCUUCAGUUACACCUCGAUGUUAUUUUUUCUCGUCUAGAACACAAAAUAUCGUCAAAGGAGGCUCCAUCAAUUGUUGUUACAGAAAGAAUGACAUCAGAAGACUCUAACUCACACUCAAUGGGUGGAUCAUUGAGCACUGAGUCUCUUUCACUUACUAAGGGAUUGUUUGGAGAUGACAAUUUUGAUGAAGAUGUAGAGUCAGACGUGGUUCAAAUUGGUACAGUACAUGUUCCAUUUAUGAUUUCCUCAUUCUUAACGGGUAGGAAACGUCCACAUGGAGGCUCAACGGUUGGCAGGGCCUAUAUUCGUCGUGAUAGGAGAGAUCACCAUGAAUUAGUUGUAAACUACUACUUCAAGGGUGACAAGUCAAAGUACACCCCAGACAAAUUUCGGCGUCGAUUUCGCAUGGAUAUUGAAUUAUUUGAACGGAUUUUGCAAGUUGUAAAUAAUUAUGAUGAAUACUUUACACAAAAAGUUGAUGCUGUUGGAAAUAUAGGGUUGAGUUCUUUGCAAAAAGUAGUAGCAGCAAUACGCAUGCUUGCGUAUGGUUGUUCAGCUGAUUCCCUUGAUGAAUAUGUUCAAAUUGGUGAAAGCACAGCAAUUGAAUGCCUAAAGAGGAAUGCUUGGCAGCCUAGAUUGUAUGCAUUGGCAUUGGAAGAAUUGUCCAACUGCUUGGCAUGGUGCAUAUACUAG